UAACAUAUUAACAUAUUAUAAAAAAUGGAGCCUUUUUUAUUCAUUGUUUCUGUUGUUUUAAGAUGAAGAAGAUACAUCUAAAGGACAAAGCUUUAUCUCUCCCCACAUUCUAAGGUGGUUAUAUUGAAGUGGUAAGAGAAGCAAAAAAGACGGUUUCUGGACCAGAGAUGUCACCUGAGAAUUCUUUAAACGCUGAGAUGUCCAAGAAGAUAUCAUUUUUUGGUUUGAAGGGGUUGAAGUUGUGGGUAUGGGUUUGUUUGGUAGUUGGAGUAUUCAUAGUUAUGAUUCUCUGCAUCUUGUCUCUAUGGAUCACAUUCCGUCGGAAAUCUAGAAGAUCUUCAAGCAAGUUUCCUUUCAACCAGAUACCACAUGAGUCCAAAGAUAUCAGAGUAGACAGGGCUAGGUUUCAGAAUCUCAAUCCUCACGCUGAAAGUUUAUAUAUCGAAAUGAAUGAUAAAUCCACUGGAAAAACGAUGUUGUCUCACUUGGCAAGAACCAAGUCUAGUGAUAAUGAUACUUUGAGUCAAUGCAGCUCUGUGAAUUAUCAUGAGAGAGCUUGUAGUUCUCAUUCCGGUGAAGAAGGAGGCUUUGGAGGUACUGGGAGAAAGUAUGGAGGACCUGUAACAGCAUCUCCUUUGGUUGGUUUACCAGAAGUAUCCCACCUUGGUUGGGGACACUGGUUUACUCUAAGGGAUCUUGAGCUAGCUACCAACCGUUUUGCUGCGGUGAAUGUUCUUGGAGAGGGUGGUUAUGGAGUAGUUUAUAGGGGUAAACUCGUUAAUGGUACUGAAGUUGCUGUAAAGAAGCUUCUGAACAAUCUAGGGCAAGCUGAGAAGGAAUUUCGGGUAGAAGUUGAGGCUAUUGGUCAUGUACGACAUAAGAAUCUUGUUAGGCUUUUAGGAUAUUGCAUAGAGGGAGUUCAUCGGAUGCUUGUUUAUGAGUAUGUGAAUAGUGGUAACUUAGAACAAUGGCUACAUGGAGCAAUGCGACAACAUGGAAAUCUCACUUGGGAGGCACGGAUGAAGAUCCUUACUGGCACUGCACAAGCGCUUGCUUAUUUACACGAAGCAAUAGAACCCAAAGUGGUCCAUAGAGAUAUAAAAGCAAGCAAUAUAUUGAUUGAUGAUGAGUUUAAUGCAAAACUCUCAGACUUUGGGUUAGCCAAGCUCUUGGACUCGGGUGAGAGUCACAUCACAACCAGAGUCAUGGGUACCUUUGGAUAUGUAGCACCAGAAUAUGCUAAUACAGGUCUGUUAAACGAAAAGAGCGAUAUAUAUAGCUUUGGUGUCUUGCUUCUUGAAGCUGUAACUGGUCGGGAUCCAGUUGAUUAUGGGCGUCCUGCUAAUGAGGUGAAUCUUGUUGAAUGGCUGAAGAUGAUGGUUGGAACAAGAAGAGCUGAAGAAGUCGUGGAUCCAAGACUUGAACCUAGACCUAGUAAAAGUGCUCUGAAACGCGCACUUUUGGUUUCCCUUAGAUGUGUUGAUCCUGAAGCAGAGAAACGUCCUAGAAUGAGUCAGGUAGCGCGGAUGCUUGAAUCGGAUGAACACCCUUUUCACAAGGAGAGGAGGAACAGAAGGAGCAGAACAGCGAGCAUGGAGAUUGUUGAGACCAAAGACGAAGAAUCUCUCGGUCCUAGCAAUUCAGAGACGCACAUAACAAAGGCUGAGAAGACUUGUGAAUAAAGAAAAUAGAUGAGACAGUAGCUUCUUCAAGUCUUGAAAUGCUCUGUUUCUGCUUAGCAACUAAUUGGUUGAUAAUCGAUCACACACAUUCCGUUGUGGAAAUUUGGGGUCAGAGAAGAAAUCUCUCUCAGAUGAUCAAAAGAGCCUGUGGAGUGAUGAUGACUGAUGCAACCUUAGGAGGAGGGCUUCUUGUUUUUCUUUUUUUUCUUUUUUAAAUAUAGUUAUGAUCUUCGGGAUAAUUAUUCCUGUCUUGUUGGUACGGAAUGCUUGUCAGUCAAAACAUGUGUUUAAGAUCUGCGACGUCAGUACGAGAGCGAUGUCUUAAAUAAUCUAUGGAUCGACGACGACGUAAGCAGAAACAGAGUAUAAAGGUGGAAGAACAAAGAGACAAAACUAAGUUCAAUUAUAAU